AGGCUCCGGAGAGCCGCGCGAACGUGAAAAUCUGCGCGUCGGACGGGAAACCGACCGUCGAGGCGGAGUUUCCGCGCGAGUUUCCCGACUUGGGAACUCUUUAAUUAAUUCAUGACGCGAUCGAUUGAUAACGGAGGGACGCAAAUUCGGGAAUUGGUUGGUUCGUUAGCGCGAAAUGCUGCCUCGACGUAAACGGCGCAUUUACGUGCGCGCAUUUCGUGCCUUUAAUGAGUUCUGAUUAAUUGCGUGGUGACGGAAUGUGAACAAUGCCGUGCAUGCGAAAUUUCGGUGCACGGAUUCCGAUGCAGACGAGGUGAACGACGACGGCGAGAGAGAGCGUUAAUUUUCUACGACGCGCAGAUUUCACAUUCGGCAUUCGUGUAAUUGUAACGCUUCGUGCUGUCGCUUUCAUUUUUCCCCGCUGAGAUUCACGAGCGAUUAAAUAUGGAGGUUAGAGGAUUGUCAUGAGUGCUUUCCCGUCGAGCGCAUCGGGCGCAGGCGCCGGGAACAGCUGUUCCCCGUUUCGAAAAUGAGCGCAAUUCGGGAUUGCGCAAUUUGAAGUAACAGAGACCUUUUUUUAAAAGCUAUACUUGAAAUCGAAUAAAUCCGAUGAAAGCUCAUCCAUUUAAUAAUGGUGAUUAUUAAUUGCAUAAUAAUAAUAAUGAAUAAUUAUUAACAAUAAUUGUGAUGAUAGCACUUCGUGAAUAUCGAGAUACGAUUUAACGAAUAAUUCUUACAAAACUUCACUGACCCGACGUAAAUCCAAAUUUACGGCAGUGAGCAUUUAGAGAAUGUUUAUAGCGUGCUGAGGUAAAUGUCGCUUGUGGAAAAUAUUUGCAUCAACAUUUUCUCGAUGCAUUGCAGGAGUUACUCCGCGGCAGACGAGAAAUGGCAUUGGCACUCACGUAACGGAGUCAUAUGCUUCGCGGCCGCGAUGGAGGACUACACGCCGAUCGACGAGGACUUCCCGGGCCGGCUGCUGCACCAGGCCGCGCUCUGGGACAACGCGGAGCUGCUGGAGGACCUGCUGCGCGGCGAGCACGCCCAGUACAUCAACAGCAAGGACUCGUGGGGCAGGACGCCGAUGCACGCGGCGGCGAUCACGGAGAGUUCCCGGUGCCUGGACGUCCUGCUGACCGCCGGCGCCGACCCGAAUGUCACCUGCGGCCCGCGGGGUCACCACCGCACGCCGUUGCACGUGUGCGCGGAACACGGCCACGCGAGCAACGUGGAGCGGCUCCUGGGCCACAACGCGGACAUGAUGAUCCGCGACGACGACGGCCUGCGGCCGCUCGACAUCGCCGAGCGCGGCAAGCACGACGCCUGCAUCCGCCUGCUGAAAGCCGCGGCGGAGAGGUACGAGCUCGCGAAGCAGGCGAUUCACGCGUCUCUGCGCGCGGCCUGCGUCCAAGGCGACACCGUCGCCGCCAGAAGCGUGAUCCAAGGGCUCUCGGGCGACCUGGAGUGCGUGGUGAACAUGGCGCCGAACGGCGUGAACACGCUGCUGUUCGUCGCGUGCGAGAGCGGGCACAGGGACAUCGUGCGGCUGCUGCUGGACUACGGCGCCGACUGCAGGUGCCACCCGGUCACCAAGUACUGCCCGCUCUACAUCGCGUGCUACCAUGGGAAGGUGGAGAUCGUCGAGCUGCUGCUGCGGCAUUUCCCGAAGCAGGCGCAGACGGUCACGGUGGAGCGCUGGUUGCCGAUCCACGCGGCCGCGAUAAACGGACAUCAUCUGGUGAUCGACGCGCUGCUCAAGUUCGAGUACCCGCAGCACGUCUACCAGCGGUACCGCGAUCCGUCCGGCGAGUUCGAAUACGACCUGCCGUUCGACGUAAACGCGCAGGACGUCACCGGCCAGCAUGCGCUCUACAUAUCUAGCAUGCUGGGCAACGCGCGGUGCGUCGAGCUGCUGCUCGGCUAUCGAGUGAAGGCGCGCACCACGAAGGAGGAGGACGCGGCCGGCGUGCAGCAGCUGCCGACGUCGAAGCGCAAGAUCUCCAGCGGCAUUCAGAGGCUCAUGUCGUCGCUGAACUUUCGCAGCAAGGCGCCCGCCGACAAGAAAGACGACAAGAUGAUCUAUCCGGUGAACCUGGACCUCUACUGCAACAGCGGUAGCGAGACGGCGUUGCACGCGGCCGUCAGAGGCAGGCACACCGACGUGGUGAACGCGCUGCUGCAGGCCGGCGCCAACCUCGACCUACCCGUCAAGGUGCCGUACGACCAGAGCGAUCCCGAAGGCAACUACUCGAGCGUGCUGACGAUCGCGUGCCAGAAUCGCGACGUGAAGAUCACGGAGCUGCUGCUGAAGCACGGCGCCGUGGACAACGAGUGCAAGGCGCUGAAGAUCGCCGCGCAGAAUCGCGACGAGGCGCUCACCGCGAAGCUGCUGUCGAUCAAGGCGCACCCGGACUCCGAGUACAAGAUCAACAAGAAGGCGAUGACCGAGUGCACGCAGAGCUCGCACUUCUCCGCCCUCUCGUCCUUCGGCCACGUUACUUACUCCGCGCUGUUCCCGAAGACGCCGACGAUGAUCAACUGGCACAAUCAGCAGUGCCAUUUGUCGCAGAUUCGGUUGCAGUGGCUGAUCGACGCGGUGCUGCACGUCAACCGGAAGCUGAGUCCGCGGAACAACGACCUGGUGCUGUACGCGAUCACGCGGAUCGACAUCUCGCACAACUCCAUCACCUCCGUGCCGUCCGCGAUGUUUUACCUGCAGAGCCUGCGUUACCUCAACAUGGCGCAGAAUAAAAUCGACACUCUCGUGGCCGACUCUAAGAAUCCGAAGGACAAGCUGUGCCCGGUCCUGGAGGAGAUGUAUCUGCAGGAUAAUCGGCUGGAGCAGCUGCCGGAGUUCAUCAUGAGCCUGCCGGCGCUGGAGAUCAUGGACGUGUCCAACAACAAGCUGCAAUGCCUGCCGCAGAACCUGUGGCGCGCGCCGAAGCUGAAGGAGCUGAACGCGUCGUUCAAUCUGCUACGCGACUUGCCCAGCCAAGCGUCGCAGAACGUGCUGAGGAAAUCCUCGCAGCGCAGCGAGGACGGCCAGCAGAACGCGGGCGUCAACUUUCGCGCGUUGGAUGCGCUGCUGCCGCGGAUAGAGUCCAUGGAGUUCGACUCGUUCACGAAGAUCGCAAACGCGCAAGUGAUCGAGAUGGAACGGCCGCACGUGUGGACCAGCUCGGUUCAAGUGUCGGAGAGAAUGAGCGACGACACGGAGAACGGCAACAAGUCGGUGCUGGCAUCGCUCAACCUGGCACACAAUCUCUUCAACAGCAUUCCCGUCGCCCUGCCGUGUCUCGCCGUGAGCUUGGUGCGAUUGAACAUGGCGUACAACUCGUUGCGCUCAAUGAGCCACAUCACGUCGUACCCGGCGAGCCUGAAGCAGCUGGACUUGUCAAACAAUCAGAUCUCGCGGUGGCCAAGUCUGCCGCAGGUCGACAGCUCCGACAGCAUGGAGCAGGCGAAUACAGCCUGCUACUGCCCCGCCGUGAACGCGCAGUCGCCCGGGAUCGUGCCCAGCAAUCGGCAGACGCCUACGUCGAUGCGCGACAUCGUGCUGCAAUCGGUGUGCGCGCACCGCCGUCAUCUGCGGCUCGAAAACCUGCGUACCUUGAUCCUGGCGAACAAUCUGCUGAAUCGUAUCCAGUUGACGUCGUGCGACGACGGCGAGAUGCCCUGCCCGGACGAGGAGAAGGAUACGGACAAGGAUCCAAAGUCCGGACCCUCCGGCACGAAAUCGUAUCUGCUGUUUCCUAAUGUCAGUAUGCUGGACAUCAGCAACAAUCAGCUGCGCGAGAUACCGCACAACAUCUACGAGCUAAGUAAUCUGUCGGUGCUGAACAUCAGUGGCAACAACGAGAUCGUCGAGCUGCCUCCGCAGAUGGGUCUGCUGGGCCGGCUGUGGAAUCUGAACACGCAAGGUUGCCGGCUGCAGGAGCCGCUCAAGUCGAUGAUCGAGUCGAAGAAGUACAAAACGAUGGAUGUGAUCGGCUACCUUAAAUCGAUUCUGGAGGACGCGAAGGCGUACGCGCGCAUGAAGUUGAUGAUCGUCGGCAUUCAGGGGAUCGGCAAGACGAGUCUGCUGGAGCAACUGCGGCAGGAAGGUGAGGUGCCGAAUAAGAAGAAGGCGUCUGAGCACUGGGCCAAGCGAAUGGGCAACAAGAACAUCAACGCGAAGACCGCCAAGGGUACGACAAUCUCAACGGUGGGUGUGGACAUCGGCGAUUGGAUCUACGAGAAGAAGAUGCGCGGGCAAUCGUCCCACGGGCCGGUCUACUUCAGGACCUGGGACUUUGGCGGGCAGCGCGAGUAUUACGCGACGCAUCAGUACUUUCUGUCGAAGCGUAGCUUGUACCUGGUCGUGUGGCGGAUCACCGAUGGCUUCAAGGGUGUCUCUGAAAUCUUUCAGUGGCUGGUAAAUAUCCAAAGCAGAGCACCUAAUUCGCCGGUGAUCAUCAUCGGUACUCACUACGAUGUCUCGUACGAGCACAGCGAGAGUCUGCAGCAGUACAUCCGCGAUAAGUUCAUCAACGUAGUCGACGCCGAGAAAUGUGGCCUGCCUAAAGUCAUGGAGACCAUCGAGGUAAGUUGCAAGACGCGACAUAACAUCAAGAUGCUCUGCAAUCUCAUCUACGACGUUGUCUUCAGCCUGAGAUCGCCCGGCAGCAAGGAACUGCUGUUGGAGCAGAAGGUACCGGCGAGUUAUCUAGCAUUGGAGGAUGUAGUGAUCCAGUUGGCGCACGAUAGAAAACUGUCCGGGCUGGAUCCGGUGCUGAAGGCCGAUCAGUAUUACGCUGCGGUCAACAACGAGCUGCAAAAGCUGCACAGGUCCUUCAGAGAUCCCGCCGAGUUGCAUCAAGCGACCUUGUUUCUCCAUGAAAAUGGUAUAAUUUUGCACUACGACGAUGCCACGCUGAAGGAUCUUUAUUUCUUGGACCCGCAGUGGCUCUGCGACAUGCUGGCCCACGUGGUUACUAUACGAGAGAUCAAUCCGUUUGCCAGAUCUGGUAUAAUGAAGCUGGACGACAUUCAGCAUGUCUUCAAGUCGUCCACGAUAUCGUCAAUCGACACGCAGGGCUACAUUGUCAGCUUGCUCAACAAGUUCGAGGUCGCCUUGACGUGGGAUUGUCGCACGUUGCUGAUACCGUCCCUUCUGCCGACCGAGGAAGACAUCCUACGCAACAAUCAGAUCAUCAAGGUGCCGGUGAAGACGCGCGGCUGGCAUGUGCGCGCCAAGAAGAUUACGUCGCCCAUGUUCGCGUGCCUGGGCGCGCCCGGUGAUAGCAAGAACAACGCCGAAUGUGUGCUGACGUCGCGCUCGCAACCCGACUGUUCCGUCACCAGGUUGCUGCUCAUGUCGUACUUCCCCAGCGGCUUCUGGUCUCGCUUGAUCACACGGAUCCUGGCGGACGAUGCGAUCGUUGACAUUGUCAUGUCGUUCCUCGCGCCGUUCAAGGAUUUCGUCGACGACAAUAUCUUUGCCAGUCUGCUGGACAUACAGGCUGAGUGGGUGCUCUGGCAAACGGGAAUUGAGCUGCGGUACUCGGGCAUCACGCUGCUUCGCUUGAAGGAGGUCUACUACAAUCUGAAGAACUCGCCGUACGACUACAGGCAAUUCAAAUUCAAGCUCAAGCAGGACGGUAUCUGGUGCACGGUCGACUUGAAGAAUUCGGCCAUCCUUGAGCUCUGGUUUCCGGUGGACACCCUUGUGAUCAAGCAACCCAUCAUGUCCGAUUCCGUAGACGAAGAACCGAUGGGCUACCAGGCGAUUGUAGUGGAGCCGCGACCGGAGAGCAUGCCGCAGCUAAUGGCGCUGAUCGUCGAUCACAUCGAUAUCUUGCUGGAAGACUGGUACCCGACACUUGGCACGCGCUUUGUCCACACGUCGGAGGGUAAAUUGCUGGUCACGCGGCUGAUACCAUGUCCGCGUUGCUUGCUUGGCAAUACUGAGGGCGGCGACGGCGAGUCGAGCGACAAUGACGGCCGGUUGAUCGAGGACAUUCAGAAAUAUUGCGCUGCCGGUCGCACCGAGCGGCAGAGCCAGGAUAGCUACAAAUCUGACGGUGACAGCGGCGUCGGCUACGACAGUCUGACGUCCAGCAGGAUGCCCUCGCUCGAGGGACAUCCGGACGUAUCGCGGCAGAACUCGCAGCAUCCCGAGGGCACUCUCGCCUAUUCGUGGAUGGUAGAGGAGUGCAUACUGGCGGCGUACAGCAAUAAACCCAUCAGCUGUCCGAAACACUCUGAGAUUCCGUUGUCGCACGUCGCGCCAGACAUCAUCUUCAUGGAUCUUGGCGCGAAGCAUCUCAUCAAAUCGGACGAUCUGAAGAGGGGCAAGCUACUGGGCCGCGGUGCCUUCGGCUUCGUCUUCCGCGGCAGCUGCCGGCUGCCGGGAACGUACACGCGUGCGGACGUCGCCAUCAAGAUGCUGCAGCCAGUCUCGCCGGGCCCGAACUCAACGCAGUCGGCGAUAUUGGCGUACAAGGCGUCGCAGAGCAAGUGGGACCGUGACCCGCUGCAGUAUGCCUGCAAGGCCUACUGCAUGGCGCGUCAGGAGCUUAACAUCCUGCUGACGCUCAGGCACGCUAAUAUCGUACCACUGAUCGGCAUAGUCGUCAGUCCGCUUGCGCUGGUGCUGGACCUGGCACCUCAGGGCGCGCUAGAUAGCGUCCUGAAGAAUUACCGUCGCUCCGGUGCCAAGCUCGACCCUUGCACGCUGCAGGCGUUAAUUUUGCAGGUCGCCAAGGCUGUGGAAUACCUGCAUCAGCAGCACGUCAUCUAUCGCGACCUGAAGUCGGAGAACGUCUUGGUGUGGCAGAUGCCCUUGCCGUUUCAGGAGUGCCUGGAGCCGGUACACGUGAGGGUCGCUGAUUACGGCAUCUCGCGACUAACGCUACCCACGGGGGCGAAGGGUUUCGGCGGCACAGAGGGCUUCAUGGCGCCGGAAAUCAUCAGGUACAACGGCGAGGAGGAGUACACGGAGAAGGUGGACUCGUUCUCGUUCGGUAUGUUCAUCUACGAGCUGAUCACGCUGCGCCAACCGUUCGAGGGCCACGAGGCGGUGAAAGAAUGCAUCCUGGAGGGCGGCAGGCCACCACUCGUGUACCGUGAGACUCUUCAUCCUUGCUACGCGCUCGAUCUGAUGGUGAUAUGCUGGGCGCAAAACCCGAAGGACCGGCCGACCGCCAGCCAGAUCGUUUCGAUCGCUUCAGCGCCCGAGUUCACGCACCUGAUAGACGUCACCCUGCUGACGGAACGCACGCAGGUCACGGCGGUGACUAUCACGAACCGGAACGGCAACAGCAGCAGCAGCAGCAGUCAGAACGACGAGAACCUGAACAGCGAUGAGAUCUGGUUCGGCCACAACAAUGGCGAGGUGGACAUGCUGCUAGGCACGCCGAAGGGCUGGCUGCGCCACGUGCGUAUCGAGACCCCCGUGAUACCGUACGCGAUGUGCGGCGUGGACGGUUACAUCUGGAUCGGCGACAACGCCGGCCAGGUGCACGUCUACCUGUGCGGCAACUUCGGCUGCGUGGCUAGCUACAACCUAGAGGCAGAUCACACGAGGGAGUCCAAGGUGGUCGGGCUGAUUCACCUGGAGCAGCUGCGCCAGUUUGCCGUCGCGCUGCACAGCGGCCGGAUUUUCCUGCUGUCCAGCUCGUUCACGCAGAUGAAGAAGACCGAGAUUACCGGUAGCGCGGACGCAGCUCGCCACGCCGACGUGAAGACCUACUCGCUGGCGGCGAUCUGCCGGAGGAAGCGCGUGCUGGAGCUCUGGGCCGGUCAGAGCUUCGGCCGGAUCAGCGUGUACAUACUGAAGGAUGGCAACCUGACCGACACGGUGCAGCUGUCGCAUUGCGGCGCGAACGACGCCGCAGUCGCGCGGAACCUGUUCGCCACGUACCUGACCGGCGCGUCCGACAGCUUCGUUUUCUCGUACACGUACCCGGGCUGCGUGGUGUACCAGUGGGACGUGGACAGCCGGCAGAUCGUCAACAAGCUCGACAUGUCGAAGCUGGUGCCGUGCUCGGAGAGCCUCAAGUCCAUCGCUAUCGAGGAGAACCUGUCGACGGAGAAGUGCCAGGUGACUGUGCUGGAGGCCAGCGCCAGCCAGCUGUACAUCGGCACCACCUGGGGCUGCAUCGUCAUUGCCGAAUGCGGCACCCUGCGUCCCGUCACCGUGUUCCGGCCGUUCGAGGGCAAGGUCUGCCAGAUCGUGCCGCUCAGAUCGCUCGACAAGAAGAAGGCGAUGCUGGCGACCGUCGGCCAGGGCUACCGCAGCCUGAUCUCACGCUACACCGACUUCCCGCUGAAGACCCUGGAGAGCGAGGAGCUUCGCCAUGGCAUGUACACUCUCCUGUGGCGAUCGGAGAACUGGUCAGCAGCUUGAUCACCUCGGAGACCGUAAGGGAUUCGACGUUCUCGCUUGCACGUUUCUUUUUUAAUCUUUUGACUCCGUGUCUCGUCUGUGGACAAUAAUCAAUAAUUGUAUGAAGUAAUCGAUUGUCUAUGAAGUGACAAUGAUUUUUGACGACACAUUUUUAACGCUGAAUGUGCGGCGAGAGAGUGGACUUUCUCUAGUCCGACUAUUCUGCAACGGAUACCGACGAAAGGAAGUUUCCGCUGUGAUCGAAUCAGGAAGAUUGCUUUCCUCCGGAGCAGCGCAGUAUUUCGGUGGCGGUGCGAAGUUCGAUUGAGUGAAGUGAGUGCUCUCGUGAAUCUUAUACGUCCAAUAUUACAAGAUAAGGAUUGUUCGCUGUGAAUGGGCGUGCUUGAAAAGACCAUUCUCGUGAAAUCGGAUAAUAAUUUUCUGCAAGUUGAUCGGCAUGAUCCGCGUGAUCUCUUUUGAGGCACGCUCAUGCAGCGAACGCUCUGUAGGUAUUAUUCUAGACUGUAAGUCCUUAGUUCGUCCAGGUCGCAGGAAGUAAUGGUCCAGCAUAAGAGAAGCAUUCUUAUUUUGUAUAAAACACUAAAUCCUAAGUGAAUAUCUAGCGGUAAAAUACUGAAGUACGCGCUUGAAGUAAGCAUGAAUCCUUAACUGAGAUAUUAACAGAGCUGUUCUAGAUACUAAGAAGAUACUUCAGCACUAUCAAUUAAAUAAUUUUCGUAACGUUGUUAAUAAUAUUAAGCUCCGGCCGAGUUUCACCGAUGAAACUCGAGACGCGAUUUCGAGACGAUAGAUUUUUAUGAUCCCGUUCGUAUCUUGCCCUUCGAUGCACCUGCAUCGUCACGUCCAAAGUAACAAUUUUCUCAAUUAAAUAAAACCGAAGGUUGUGGGACAUGCUGCUUUAUUAUAUAAUCAGCAUUACAAAUUAACAGUAGACAGGAAACACACAAGAGGUCAUUUGCAUCCCUUUGCUCAACCGGUUCAAUUAAAUUCUCCGAUUUUUAAUUAAUUUUACAGAGCGAUCGGUGUAUCCCAAACGAUUUUAAUGUGAUAUUGUAUACUCAGCGGAGGAAAGCACGCACGAGACAUUAUCGAUAACAAAGCUAUUAUGUUACAUCACUUUUUAAUUACAACGCUCUCUAAUUAUGUUAUGCGAGAAGCCCUUUGGAAGACUUGCUAGGAUUCUUAUCUCGUUUAAAUAAUUAGCUAAUCUUAUCCUAUUUAAAUAAUUAUCUUGUUUAAAUAAUUAGCUUUAAUUAUUUGCCCUUCUCUACGUAAGCACGCACUCGAGGAUAAGUUCUCUCUAUUAGAGCCAGUAAUAAUAAUUAAAAAAGAAAGAGAAGGAGAGAGAGAGGAAGAGAAGAGAGACGAACGAUGUAGUACGCGCGUUGCAUAAUAUAUUACAUAUUCAGGAUGAGACUAGAGUAGAGAUUAAAGUAGGGCUGAAUGCUAAGCGUUCUUACUCUGUAAAAAGUAUACAACGUUUUAUAGGAAAGCCGUUUGAUAUGCAAAUGAAUAAGUAAAUUUUUCACGAUCAAAGAAACGGAGGGGAAAAAACUCCUCGACUUUUGUAGUAAUUAAAGAAAUAUUUCGUGCCAGUCUCAUUCGGGAAAUCUGAUAUUUAUGCGAUGACACAAGUAAGCGAGCUUGAUGUCCGAUCUCAUUGACCUUUUGCAUUUUGGCAAACGCUAAAUUGAUCGUCUAAAAUAUAAAUGAUACAAAAGAAAAAUGAGGAACGUUUGUUUUAAGAGCGGAAUGAACGAUUCUUGAAUUCUUGAAGAAAUCUUCACGAGUCACAAGUCUCUUUAAUGUCGCACGUUUACCAUCAUUCCCGAUCCGACGCGUUCGGUAUAUAAGUACAUGUUUUCAUUUAUACACACUGCAUUUUGCACGUAUUUUUAAUUAACUUGUACCUGCAGGCGUGGAGCGAGCCACGGUGAUAUAAAACGCAGCUUAUAUACGUAUAUGUAUAUAUAUAUUUUUUUUCUUUUCUAACGUGAUUAUUUUUGACGAAUUAGGCAUUGCACGUCACUCGUGUGAAGCUCUACCGAAAUGAUUAUUAAUUAUUAUUAUCGCAUGCCUCGGCAUGUACAGCGAGAUUAAUAUCGUAAGAGAAUUCCUGAUCAUUGUGAUUAUACAAAUUUUACUGUUGAUCUCUCCACUUUAGAAUAUGAAUUGUAAAUUCGCAUUUUCUUGCUCGUCACGAAGAUUAUCACUUACGUAAGUUUAUUCUCAUGAUAUUUAGUCUCAUCAUACUCAUCAGCGUAAGUUGUAACGGGGACUCAUUGUUAUUUAAUGUAUUGACUGUCACAAAAUAUAAACUGUUGUUGAACAAGA